AUGCCGGGCACGCAGCCGGCGCUCGCGUCCGCGCUGUCUAGCCAAUACCGCCUGCUGCUGCGGUCGCCCGGCGGCCUGUCCUCGGCGUCGCUGUGCGAGGAGUGCCUCAAGCUCGCGGACCUCUUCGGCCCUGGCGGGCGCCUGUCUCUGCUGCGCGUGCUGCUGGAGGACCUGGACUUCGGAUCAGGCAUCGGCAACAGCCCCAAGGUCAAGGUGUUGGGGCACGUGCUGGGCGCCCUGGUGCCCAACCUGCCCAGCCUGUUCUGCCAGGCGGUGUUGGCGGCGUCAGUCCGGCGGGAGAGCUACCUGCGCGAGCUGUGCGCGGCGGUGGAGCUGCCCUUGGAGCGGCAGGUGGAGAUCGGAUUGGCCGUCGCCCAGGCGCCGCAUCCCGGUUGGAGCGCCGAAGGCGUCAGUUUUCUGAAGGAGAAGGUGUCCGAGCUCGUGGAGCGGGGCGCGGUGCUGCCGGAGGGCGUGCGCCACGGCACGGUUCGUGAGGAAUUAACAGAAUCUUUGGAGGCAUGCUUUGGCGAUUGA